GCCAUCGCUGAAGUGCCGGCGGCCAAAAUGAAGUUCAAUCCCUUUGUGACUUCUGACCGGAGCAAGAACCGUAAACGACAUUUCAAUGCACCUUCCCACAUUCGCAGGAAGAUCAUGUCUUCCCCUCUUUCCAAAGAGCUGAGACAGAAGUACAAUGUUCGAUCCAUGCCCAUCAGAAAGGAUGAUGAAGUGCAGGUUGUGCGAGGACACUACAAAGGUCAGCAGAUUGGCAAAGUCGUCCAGGUUUACAGGAAGAAGUACGUUAUCUACAUAGAACGAGUGCAGCGAGAGAAGGCUAACGGCACAACCGUCCAUGUGGGCAUUCACCCUAGCAAGGUGGUUAUCACUAGACUAAAACUGGACAAAGACCGCAAAAAGAUCCUUGAACGUAAAGCCAAAUCUCGCCAAGUAGGAAAGGAAAAGGGCAAAUAUAAGGAAGAAACAAUCGAGAAAAUGCAGGAGUAAAGUCAUCUUA